AUGACUGGCAACGUCGACCGCAUGUUGAGCACCAGCCACUCUUCCGCCGACAAGAAGGCAGGUCCUCCCGUCUCGGCAAGCGUACGUCAGGAGGAAGCUGACCUCAAUGAUGGAAGAGAGCCUGAGGAAGAGGAACAACCACAAGAUGAUGCAGAGUGGCAGGAAUAUGAGGGGGGAGCAGAACAGAGGGACUGCACCGAUGGCCUCGCAGAGGCAGUAUGGGAUAAGCGAAUUCCCCAAACUUCGACACAGUACCCUAUUUGCUCGCGAACGCCUAGAGUAAGUCGUUCGUCCCUACUUCUCGAUGUCGCUACACUGCAGCCGCACAUUAGAACCCGCGUAACCUGCAGCCUCCAGGAAUGA